AUACUACAACAUAUAUGGCUGCAAUGCGUAAACAAAAAAGAUGGCAAAUAUAUUAUGUAGAUAGUUAGGAGUAAUAUAGCUUUAUUUAAGCCAGCGAUGUCCCGUCUGGCUGAUUAUUUUGUAAUUGUUGGCUAUGAUCACGAAAAAGAACGUAGCGGCACCAGCAGUGGAAUUAUUUUGCAGCGUUUUCCAGAAAAGGAUUGGCCGGACACACCAUUUAUUGAAGGCAUAGAAUGGUUCUGCCAGCCGCAGGGGUGGGCUCUGUCCACGGAGCGCCAGGAGCCGAGGUUCUUCGUCUCGGUGCUGACGGACAUCGACGCGAACCGCCACUACUGCGCGUGCAUGUGCUUCAACGAGACUGUCGCCAUCACGCCCAGCAAGCCCGUCGAUGAGGAGGAGGAGCCGGUGGACGCGGACGCCCCGCGCCACCACUGCGCCGGCCUGGCGCGCUCCAUCGCCACCAUCACGCACCACAGCAUCAUGUACGCCCCCAAGUGCCUGGUGCUGGUCUCCCGCCUCGACUACCUGGAGACCUUCCGGAGCUGCCUGGGCAUCAUCUACACGGUGUACGUGGAGAACGUGGCGGUGUCCCUGGAGACGCUGGUGGGCAACAUCCUGGGCUGCGUGCAGGUGCCCCCGCCGGGCGGGCCCCAGGUGCGCUUUAGCAUCGGGGCCGGGGACCGCCAGGCGCUGCAGCCCCCGCUGAGCCCCUCGCUGCCCGUCACCCACACCGCCGUGUGCCUGCUCUUCCAGCAGCUCGGCAUCAGGAACGUGCUGGUGCUGUUCUGCGCCAUCAUGACCGAGCACAAGAUCCUGUUCCACUCCAAGAGCUACAACCGGCUGACGGAGGGCUGCCGCGCGCUCACGGCGCUCAUGUACCCGUUCCGCUACACGCACGUCUACAUCCCCUUGCUGCCGGCGGCGCUCGUCGAGGUUCUGUCGUCGCCCACGCCGUUCGUCAUGGGCGUGCACUCGUCGCUGAGGGCGGACAUCGCUGAGCUGAUGGACGUGAUAGUGGCGGACCUGGACGGGGGCUCCAUCCUCGUCCCGGACGGCAUCUCGCUGCCCCUGCUCCCGGAGCUGCUGCUCGCCCCCGCCUUGGAGGCCCUCAGCGCCGUGCUGCAGCCCGAGCUGACCUGCGCGGACCACGCCUUCCCGCCGGCCGGCGUGCGCGCCGCCCAGCCCGCCGUGCUCGACAAGGAGAUACGCGCCGUCUUCAUGCGGCUGUUCGCCCAGCUGCUGCAGGGAUACCGCAGCUGCCUGACCAUCAUCCGCAUCCACCCGCGCCCCGUCAUCACCUUCCACAAGGCGGCGUUCCUGGGGGAGCGGUCGCUGACGGACUGCGACUUCACGACGCGCGUGCUGGACUGCAUGUUCUUCACGAGCUUCGUGAGCGACCGCGGGCCGCCGUGGCGCGCGUGCGACGUGUGGGACGAGCUGUACAGCGGCGUGGCCGAGCAGCUGCGGCAGGAGCAGGGCGACCCCCGCCUCGUGCUCGCGCACAUACAGGAGCUGGCGCAGCAGCUGUACACCAACGAGAACCCCAACCCGCAGCCGUACGUGCAGAAGAUCCUGAAGCCGCCGGACGGGGCGUUCGCGCGCAUCCACCAGCCGCCGUUCCCGACCGUGAACAGCGCCCAGGUGCAGUCCAUCAUCGACGAGGGCCUGACCAAGAACAACCUCAACUCCAGGCUGUCCUCGCUGAGGCCCAUCCAGCCCCGCAUCGUCCCGAUCGGUCCCCACAUAUCGAACAUCCACGACCUGCGCCACAUCGUCAGCAACUCGGCGCGGCGACUCGAGGUGUUGAAGAACUGCAUCAACUGCAUCUUCGAGAACAAGAUCUCGGACGCGCGCAAGACGUUCCCCGCGGUGCUGCGCGCGCUCAAGUCGAAGGCGGCGCGGCUGGCGGUGUGCUCGGAGCUGGCGCAGCACGUGCUGGGCAACAAGGCCGUGCUGGAGCACCAGCAGUUCGACCUGGUGGUGCGGCUGAUGAACUGCGCGCUGCAGGACGGCUCGGCGCUGGACGAGCACGGUGUGGCCGCCGCCCUGCUGCCCCUCGCCACCGCCUUCUGCCGCAAGCUCUGCACCGGCGUCAUCCAGUUCGCCUACACCUGCAUACAGGAGCACAGCGUGUGGCAGAACCAGCAGUUCUGGGAGGCGGCCUUCUACCAGGAUGUUCAGAAGGACAUCAAAGCCCUGUACCUGCCGAGGACGGAGGUCAGCUCCUCGGCCCGACACUCCUACGAGGACAUGCUGAGUCCCAUGAGCCCACGCGAGAACAAGGAGUUCCCGUGGAAGGAUCGCAGGUCGGGCUUCGUGCGUGCUCAGGAGCCCUCGGCGCUGGAGAUAGCCGCCGAGCAGAUGAGGGUGUGGCCGGCGUUGGACCCAGACAAGCAGAGCGAGCUGGUGAGCAGCGAGGAGUCGACGCUCUACAGCCAGGCCAUCCACUACGCCAACAGGAUGGUGUACCUGCUGGUGCCCCUGGACAGCAGCGGCCGCAACCACAAGCACGACUCUGCCUUCGACGACGAGCGCAUCAGCAACAGCAUCACCAACAGCAUGGCCGAGUCGGACAGCGUGGACGCCGAGUCGGGCUUCGAGGAGCAGGACCCGGGCGAGACGGGCUCCACGGUGGUGCGCCUGGUGUCCCGCUUCGUGGACAAGGUGUGCACGGAGGGUGCCGUGUCGGCGGAGCACGUGCGCUGCCUGCACCAGAUGGUGCCCGGCGUGGUGCACAUGCACAUCGAGACCCUGGAGGCCGUGCACCGCGAGUCCAAGAGGCUGCCGCCCAUUCAGAAGCCCAAGAUCCUGACCCCGAGCAUGCUGCCGGGCGAGGUGGCGCUCAUGGAGGGACUGCGCGUGUACCUGCUGCCCGACGGACGCGAGGAGGGCACGGGCGGCGUGCUGGGGGGCCCGCCCUUCCUGCCGGCCGAGGGCGCCAUCUUCCUCACCAACUACCGCAUCAUCUUCAAGGGCACGCCCUGCGACCCGUUCGCUUGCGAGCAGCUGGUGGUGCGGGCGUUCCCCGUCACGUCGCUCACGAAGGAGAAGCGAGUCACCGUGCAGUACCUCGCUCACCUGGACCAGUGGCUGCAGGAGGGGCUCCAGCUCCGGUCCUGCACCUUCCAGCUGAUAAAGGUGGCGUUUGACGAGGAGGUGAUCAGCGAGAACAUUGAGUGCUUCCGCAAGUCCGUGCACCGGGUGCGCCACCCCACCGACAUCCUGGACCACUUCGCGUUCUACGGCCAGGGCGCGGUCUCGCAGACCCCGCUGCACAAGGGCAAGGAGAAGAACGCCACGCUCAAGGGCUUCGCCAAGAAGACCCUGCUGAAGACGGCGCGCAAGGCGGGCUUCAAGCCGAAGGCGUCGUCCAAGCGCCAGAAGUACGUCCUGCCGAACAUGGGCAGCAGCAGCAAGUACCUGACCUCGCCGGGCCGCAUGAGCCUCCCGCCGGCCGACCCCGGAGACCUGGGCCACGACGACGACAUAUCCGUGGACGAUUUCGAGGUGCCUUCGGUGGGCGUGAUCCCGCCGGCGCCGACGGACGCCAAGACCUUGGAGCGCCUGUCGGAGCGCAGCUACGUGCGCGACUGGUACCGCCUGGGGCUGGUGUCGAGCACGCACGCCGGCGCGAGCGCGCGGCAGCAGGGCGAGCCCUUCAGGAUCACCACGGCCAACAGCGUGUACAUGAUGUGCAAGAGCUACCCGGCGCUGCUGGUGAUGCCGAGCGCGGUGACGGACGACAGCCUGCGCAGGUUCUGCCGCUGCUACCGCAACAACCGCGUGCCGUGCGUCACGUGGAGGCACCCGCGCACCAAGGCGCUGCUGGUGCGGGGCGCGGGCCAACACGGCAAGGGCGUCAUGGGCAUGCUCAAGGGCCACCAGUCCUCCGCCGCGUCGACCUCGGACACCACGUCCUCGCUGGAGCAGGAGCGCUACCUGUCGGUGCUGGUGGCGGCCACGCCCCUGUCCGUUCUGCGGCACGGCUCGGCCUGGGGCAUGUCGGACAGCUCGCUCAGCAUCGACUCGCUGCUGCUGGCCGCGGAGGAGCACGCGGGAGUAGGGGCCCUCACCCCGGAGGCCUCCCGCCGCGUCCCAGCCGCCGCCGCCGGGCCCUUCAACAAGGCCAUCGGCACCCUCAGCGUGUUCCCGAGGUCGAGUGGGGGCAAAGGCACCAAGAGCUUCGGCCGCUGGGGGUCGCUGAAGGACCGGCGGCACAGCUCGCAGGCUUCGCUCGCCACUCUGUCCGUGCCGCACCGCGGCAACCCGCGCCACAGCGCGGACUCCGACUCGGGCACGGAGUGCGUGCAGACCUUCCAGCGCGCCGCGCUCUACAUCCUCGGCGAGAAGGCGCAGAUGAAGGGCGUGAAGCCGGAGUCCGCCCCCAAGACGGACUUCAUCCCCGUGGAGUACUACGACAUGCGGCACACCAAGGCGGCGUUCAAGAAGCUGAUGCGCGCCUGCAUCCCCAGCUCCCUCAACCCGGAACCAGAGCAGAGCUUCUUCAAGCUGAUCGAGAGCUGCGAGUGGCUGCAGCAGCUCCAGAACAUCAUGCAGCUGGCCGGCGCCGUGGUCGACCUGCUCGAUGUGCAGGGCUCGAGCGUCGCCAUCUGCCUGGAGGACGGCUCCGACAUCACCGCCCAGGUGUCGUCCGUGGCGCAGCUGUGCCUGGACCCGCACUACCGCACGCUCGAGGGUUUCCGCGUGCUGGUGGAGAAGGAGUGGCUGGGGUUCGGCCACCGCUUCAGCCACCGCAGCAACCUGGCGGCCGCGUCCCAGGCCGGCGGCUUCGCGCCCACCUUCCUGCAGUUCCUCGACGUGGUGCACCAGAUCCAGAAGCAGUUCCCGCUGGCGUUUGAGUUCAACGACUACUACCUGCGGUUCCUGGCGUACCACUCGGUGUCGUGCCGGUUCCGCACGUUCCUGCUGGACUGCGAGCUGGAGCGCGUGGAGUGUGGCAUCGCGGCAGUGGAGGACAAGCGCGGCUCGCUCGCCUCCCGCCACAAGAGCAUGGACACCGGCUCCGACGACGAGGGCAUCUACCCGGGCGGCCGGCUGGCGGGCAGCAACUCGGGCAUGAAUCUGGGCCAGUCUGUGUUCGACUACAUCGACAAGCAGAACGCCCGCUCCCCGCUGUUCUUCAACUUCAUGUACACGUCGGACCUGGAGCACCCGGUUCUCCGGCCCCAGUCGCACCUGCCGUGCCUGGAGGUGUGGCAGUACUACCUGCACGAGGAGCUGGCCCACGGCCCUGGCUACGACCUUGAGGUCAUACAGCUGGACACCCAGCAGGAGGAGGAGGCGGAGGCCGCCGACGGCGUCGCCAGCAAGUCCGCCCGCCGCGUCGUCAUCCGGGGGUACGACGACCCGGCGCGGUGCGUGCCCGACGCCUUCUCCCGCCUGCUGGACGACAUCCGCCACCUGGAGACGGAGCUGGGCCACCUGCCCCAGAAGUGGCGCGUCCUGUGGGACAAGCUGGAGCUGCCCUCCACGGACUCCCUCACCCGGCACGCCUCGUUCAGCACGCAGCUGGUGCGUCACCACGGCCGGCUGCUGCACAAGCGCUCCACCCUCGAGAUCCUGAUGCGCGGCAAGAUGGUGGGGGCGGCGGAGGCCGCCCACGUCUACUCCCACCCGCACCGCUUCGAGCGCUACAACUACACCACGCCCUCGUACUGCGACUACUGCGCCAACGUGCUGUGGGGGCCCGUCAAGACGGGCAUGCGGUGCCUGGACUGCGGCUACAGCUGCCACGAGAAGUGCACGGACGCCGUGCCCAAGAACUGCACCAAGUACAAGGCCGUGGCCGACGGCAGCCACUCCUCCCAGACGCUGUCGCGCAGCGGGGGAGAGUGCAGCUCCGUCGCCUCCGGCGUUCCCAGCAUGCAGACCUCGAACCAGCAGUACUACGACCAGUUCUCGUCGAACGUGGCGGAGAACCGCACGCACGAGGGCCACCUGUACAAGCGCGGCGCGCUGCUGAAGGGCUGGAAGCAGCGCUGGUUCGUGCUCGACUCCAUCAAGCACCAGCUCCGCUACUACGACGCCAUGGAGGACUCCCACUGCAAGGGCUACAUAGAUCUGGCUGAAGUGGUCUCCGUCACACCGGCGCCACCCGCCCCGGGACCACCCAAGAAGACUGAUGACAAAUCGUUUUUUGACCUGCGGACAAACCGACGAACGUACAACUUCUGCGCCAGCGACGCGGCCACGGCGCAAGAGUGGAUCGAGAAGGUGCAGGCGUGCCUGCAGUGAUGCGGAGUGACGCCCUUCGCUCUACUUCGUUACUUUGUUGUUCCAUUGUGAUAUUCUUGUGAAGCAUUUCCUCUUGUCAUUAUAGCUUUGUUUAGAAAAAAAAAAGACAAUAGAAAAAAUUUCUUUCAUUUGUUUUUACGUCGCUUUUUUUAUUAUUAUUUUUUUUGUGUAAAAAAAAUACUGUAAUUUAUUAUCGCAGAUGUCACUACUUUAUAUGUAUUUGUAAAUUCGGUAAAGAGAGAAUAAACGUGUAGCGUAUAGCAUGUUAAGUUUAUGUAAUUUUGUUUAUAAGCCUGCGUCGUGCUUGAUGCCGUUAGAUGAUUCAAGGGACCAGAACCCUGUUGUGUUUCCAGGCCUUGUUCACACUUCCUCGUGCCCUAAGGCUGAGGGUAUGCGGCACUGGGUGAGCGGUUGCCCACUUUUGAAAAUUUUUGAGCUAAACUUGAAAGGUAUUGUAGUUAUUCCGUAUCACGCAUCCAAGUUUAUCCCUUGAUCCGGAUGGCAUGAUCCUGUGGUACAUGAUGCUUGCUGUUUUUUAUUUAGUAUGUUGUAAGAGUCUGGAGAUGACAAAAACUUGUAAAUUUUUUUCUUUUGUAUGCAUUUUACAAUCAUAAUUCAUCGUUACAUCACAAGUUUUUGUUACGUCCAGGAUCUUUCGACGUAUUAAAUUGCAAGUGUAUUUAAAAAAGGCAAAUUUCUGUAUUGAAAAUAAUGGAUUUAGUUUUUAAUGCCAUUAAAAAUUAAAACGUACGUACGUACGUACGUUCGUAUUGAGCACAAUUACGUUUCGUCAACUUCAACAGUUCAUGGUAAGACACACCGUACAUAUUUAUGAGAGUAAGGUAAACAAAAAAAUUGCAUCUAAAACAGUUCGUAUUCUUUUUGAAAGUUCCAUAGUGAAAUGAGAAAGUUAUAAAUAUAAAAAUAAAAAGUAUAACUAAUUUUUUUUUAGAAUGCUAUAUCUAUAACUAGGUUUUUAAGGCUAUUUUGACAAGUUUUGUUAUUUAUUUUUAUAUUUUUAAAGCAUCGUGCAUUAAAAUAGAAAAAUAAUAAUAAUUGCAUAUCAAAACAAAUGGUGAUAUUGUAAAUACUAACACUACAUAACUUUUUAGGCAUUUGGCUAGUGGAGGGGGGGGGGGGAUAUUUGAUUGAUUGUGUGGUUUUCAUUUAUUUCUGGUGUCAACAUAUUUUCCAAUUAAAACUGUUCUUAUUGUUAUUAUCUUAUUAUUUCAAUACUAUUAAUAUCAAUAAAGAUAUCAAUAUGCAAUUUUAUCAGACCAAAAUAAUUUCUUUGUGAUGUUGCUCUUUUGGUCUUUAGCCAUGUCUGUCUGGCAUCAACUGUAGACGGUUUUUUUUUACUUUACUUUGAAUAAACCCAUACAUUGAAACAAAUUUUUUUACUUAGUACAGAAUAUAUUUGGUAUUUAAAUAAAAGCCUAAACUAAAGAUUGACAAUUCUACAUUCUAAAAGACAAAAUGAGGUUAUUGAGGUGAAUUUCUGUGCAUUUUGUGUUUUGCCUUGGAUUUCGGUAUUAUGCAUACAUAGUAUUGACUUCGAUUUUAGUGUUGGGCUGUAUAUUGACUUCAAUUUUGCUGUUAUUUCAGGUUUAUCGCUAUUCAUACCAUAUAAUCUUGCCGUUAUGUUAAUGUGUACAGGAUAAUGCCAUCAGGAUCAAGGGAUGAACUUGGAUACGUUGUACGUAACUACUACCAAAAACAGUUGUAUUUAGUUGGAAAAUUAGCUGGAAAUUGUGUCUUGCAAGUGAAAUUUAAUUUUUAUGUUUUUCAAGUCAAGAAAGAAAGUAGAAAAAAAAACUAUAGCACUGCCAGAAGUGUGAAAGUUAAGUAGUCACAUACAAUAUUUUAAUUCUCCUGCAUUUUGCUGAAAUUUUUUUGGACUGUCGAGAAAUGUAACCAUAGGCGUGCCUACAGGGGGGGCCAGGUGGGCCAUGGCCCCCCCUAAUGUAAUCACUCAGAUCAGCAUUUUCUCUAAUGCGUUCGUUAAUAUUCGUAUAUUCCUGGCACUAUGACACUCAAACUGCUUUUCAGUGUUGCAGCGUGCUAAUUAACAAUAUUUUUAAACAUUUUAUCGUUCUGGAAAUACAGCCGCCUUAGUUUAUUUAAAACACGAGGUCCCUUAAAAUGGCCAAGCAAAAAAAAAUUAAGAGGUUUGUUAAAGUUCUGUUGUCUGAAUUGCUGUGUUUGCAUUCACUAAAAAGAAGUUCAUUUUAAGGUAGAUCUGGACCAAGCUAUUGGAAAAUUCGAGGGGGGAAAAUGUGUAAGUACCCUUUAAACAUUUGUCUAUGGAAAAAAAAACAUAUUUUCAAGAUUGUUAAAAUUAUAUGGAUAUAAAUAUUAACUAGUAAACAUAUCUCGUUGAUACUGCACACAAAUAUAAACACGGCAAUGAGUGAAUGUAUUUAGGCUAUUUAACACUCUAAAUUCAGCUUCUUAUUUAAAAAUUUAGCAGGGCCCCCCCUAAUGGAAAGGUCUGGGCACGCCUAUGAAUGUAACACAGGGGUUACUCCAAUACAGUUUUAAUGGGCAAAACUUCUGAAACUGAAUAUUUGUGGUUUUGUUUAGAUUUUUUUUAAAUAGAUUAAAAUUGAGAUUUAGCUAUUGCAUAACAUAAUCAAAAAAAUAAAACUCUUCAUGGGUUUUUGGCUUUGCUGCUAUAUUCUCUGUUUGUUUUACUGAUACCGAUGCCUGUACAAGCAUGUCCGAGACAUGAGAAUGUGGUUGGAAUGGCGGAGCAGUGUAAACAAGGCUUUGAUGUAGAAUCUCAAAUGAUCUGUUAAUGUUUUCUGUUGCUUCAUUUGUUUACUUUUUUUUUCUGUUCUAUAUUUUAAAGUUCUUUGUUAGUCAAUGUUAGUUUUUUAUUAGUUUAUUAAGUGCAAUGUAUGAUGUGUUGAAUACAAAAUACUCAUGUAUUGUAAGUGUUAUAAAAGUCUAUAUUCUAAUUUUGUAAAUAUAUUGUCUAUCUAUGUUUUUUUCUGUCUUUUAAAGAAAUACAGCUGAUAAAAAGAGAUGAAAAUGCAAACCUUCCUUUUCAUAGUGCAUGCAUAAAUUCGUACGCAGUAUUUUGCAGCGCAAACUUGAAACUUAUAUAAGUGCCAAUGUCUUUUUUUAGUACAGUUUAGUUGUAGCCACGUACUCGAAAUAUCUGUUCCUCUGGUGGUUGAAUUGCUCGCAGUGGAAGGGUAGUAUUGCAGUUGUUUAAAAUGACAAAAACCUUACAUUUGACGGUUUAAAAAAUGUGAGCUUUUCACUAGUGUCUCGUGAAGUGUGUGUGGGAUUGCGAACUUCGUGAGUGGUGCGCUACCGAACAUUUGUGCACACUGCUUGCGGAGAAACAACUGCCGGCUGUCUCCGUCGUUGGUUCUGCUGGCAAGGGCUUAACGAGAACACAUGUAGGAAGUGUUGCCAUGAUAAGAGUUUGCAGGAUGUGUUUAUGUUUGGUAUUGAUCACUGGCAAUAUGUAGCCAUUUUUUGAAUGUGUGUGUACUCGACGUAAUGAAUGGCUUUGUAAUACGCAGAAAAUUUAUGGUUAAUUUGAGACUUUGCCAAACAUCACCUUUCACUGCACAUUGUUUAAGUGUGCCUACAUAAGCAAAGAGAGGACUUUCAUAAAUGGAAAUUACAUAUGUUGAUCUGCAUCAUUACAGUUUCUUGGGAACAACGGACAACAACAACAACAACAUUGGUUUGUUAGCUUUAAAUAUCAAAUCCGAAAUACAAAGAGUACAUCGAAUAUACUCCUUGAAUCAUAAUCCAGGUUUAUAGGUAUGUAUCAGGAAUACUGGGAGCGGGGGGGGACCCUCAGAAACUCAAGUUUCUAAGAAACAUUCAACUCAUAUUAUUUAAAAAAAAAAAAAAUUACGUGGUUUAGAAAGCAAACAAUUAAUUUAUGUGCCCUAAUUGUUCCCUGAAGUGCUGAAAAAUAAUUAUCGGCAGAGCAUUUUCUUUGUUAACUUCUGUUUGGAUAAAUAAUGUAGACAGUGUCAACUACACAAGGGCUAGUGCCUGAAUGCCUGAAUUUAUGAAUUUCCAUUCCUGAAAUGCUUUUCUUCAAAUUUUUUUUUUCUCUCUUAUAGCAUAGAAUAUUGUAAGAUUUAAUGGUAUUGUCGUAUUAUAUGAGAAUUUGAAGUCUCUUUCUUGGCUUGUGAGUUCUAGCCACAUUGAAGACAAGGAUUUCACCCACGUUGCAGUUGCCAUCUUCAGGGUAGCAAUUUCCUGCUACCUAUUGGCAGGUGAUUGCUACCCUGAACAUGGCGAAUGUAAGGUCUACCAAAAUGUUUGUGAAAUCUUCGCCUUUGACGCUGCUAUAACCUACGGGUCAAGAGACUUCAGACAGAGGCCGCAAAAGCCUCCGAUCCCUGAUAAUUUUGAGAAUUUUAUUGGUCCAUCAACCUGUAAAUAAAAAAACUAGGAAUGGGCCAAUCAUAUCCUCAGUUAUAAUCAAAUCCUUAGCGUUCAAAUGAUUCUUUAUUCGAGGGAAAAGAUUUAAAGAAAAAUAUUAGAGGAUAUAUUAUUAAAUUAAAAAUUUACACACUGAUAACCUCUAAAGUUUACUAGUUAUUUGUUUUUCAUAACCAUCCUAUCACCAUUCCUGCAAGAUAAUUUAAUUUUAACAUGAGUUUAUAGAAAUAAAAUUAAGUUAUGUAUUAUUCUGGAAACUUAGUAAAACAAACAUUUAAAGUGUCGGAUGUGUCAACUCUAUAGUUACCAUUUUUAUUUCUUGCGCAUUAUUUUAUUUUUUGACCCUUGAGAAGACCUUGGUUCAGAUUCGAGGGGUGCGUUCGAGAUGCUCUUUGGGGUUUGAAUUCGAGAUUCUGAUUCGAGGAAACUGGGAUCAGACCCAUGGCCUAUAAAUUAAAAAAAAGAUCGUAACUUUUUAACUUUUUUGGUUCGUCAAGCUCUAGCGACACAGCUCACAAUGAAACAAAUGGUCAUCUGGAAGUUGUUGCGACAGUUUGACUCUGAGCCUGUGCGUGUGCGUGUUGGGUUUUUUUUUUUUAGGGGGGGGGGGGGGUUGGGGCGUGGGGCGUGGGGGGUGGUUAGGAAGGGUGGUUAAGCAUAAAAAAGCAGAUUGUGCCUAUUUUGUUGGCCUUGUUGCACAUAUCCUACGUGUGUGCUCGUUACUGCUUUGGCAGCCUUUGCUAGGAAAUGUUGCAAACUCUUAGUAUACAUAAAACAUACAUAUUAUGGCUGUUUGAACCACUAAAUCACUGACAAAAGUGUUUGGUUUAUUAGUUUUAUCGCAGAGAGGAAGGUUCGUUGAGUCAGAAUGGCUGUGUGUAUGAUUAUGUUUGUAAAAUUUGGCUGUCACCAUGAACUAGGCACAGCCUUUUUUAAUGCCCUCAUAAAAUCUUUCAUUUUAUUGGCAGUUUUUGAAAUAUGCAGUAUGUUAAAAAAAUGUGUAAGCUUAGACCUAUGACAUAUUGACAUAUCCUGAUUACCUACCUUAUAAAAAAAAAGGACAUGUUCUAGUACAAGUAAAAAAAAUACAAUAUUGCAAAUAAGUGCAGAAUUUUAAAAAAAAAGCUUAAAAUAUUUUUCAACAUUGCACAAAAAAAAAAUGUUAAACAUGAAGCUUCAAAAGUAUUAACACAAAAGAUUACCAUUAAGCUUUUAAGUGUGUACAUAGGUAUGUAGCCAAUCAUUUCUACACUGCCAGAUUUUAGAACAAAGGCUGUUGUAAGCUUGUUUGGUUUUGUCAAACUCAACAGGUCGUGGCCAAUGUACAGAUAAAAUAGAUAAAAUAUUCAUCAAAGCAGUGUAAACAUUUAGCAUUGCUGCAAUUCUAGCAUGUAUUUCUUUUCAUGUUACAUGUUAACAUGUUAACACUUUUUUGUUGAGAGCAGAGUUAACCAACGUGCGGCCAUUUGAAGUAUUAUGAAUGUCUUUGUGAACUGAUUUCAGCCAAAUGUUGAAUAAAUAAGGUUUUAAAAUCUC